AUGAAAGACAGAUUUUACAAACAAUGCCCUUACAAAUUAACUCUUUCGAUUAACGAAUUAACCAAAUCAGCAGUAAAAAAACGACAUAAUUCACCGCCACAAAAUAGCUGGGUAAUUUCUGAAGAGAUUAUGAAGCGCAUUUACGUUAGAACCAAUACAAAUCGAUGGGCCACCAUUUUGACUUCCACUUUACCUCAAGAACCAAUAGAAAACGACGGGCUGCCAUCUUUAACACUAGCAAUUUCGACAGCCAUUUAUAAUAAUCAAGAAUAUACUAAUAUGUUUAUGACAGCCAUUUAUAAUCAAGAAGACUUUGCGACAGCAAUCUAUAGUCAACAAGACCAUACUAAUGAUUUAGCUCAAAAUUCGCUCGACAAUGUGUUCAAUAACGAUAAUCAACUUCCCAUUUUAUUUGAAACAGAAUUUUUAUUCGCUGAAAGUGCGCCGAGCACAUCUAAUACUCCAAUAACAUCACAGAUAUCUUCACCUUUAACACAAUCACAAUCACUCACAAUUAUUUAUGACAAAAUAUAA